AUGCCUUACUACCCAGGCUACGGAUCUAAGCUCCCAAUGAUCUAUGCAGACAACAACGGCUAUCUGCAGGGCGGAGCUCCCCAGUACACUCUUCCUUACAGCGGCGGUCCGGGCACUCAGCUGCCUGCGCCUUUCGGCGCUACCGCGCUGGCCCGGGGCACGUUUCCCUAUCAUGGAGAGUGGAUCGGAGGAAGCGGCCACUACGCGACGAAUCUCGCACAGUUUCAGGCUAUGAGCGCUUGGAUGCAGCGCCAGGGAGGCGGAUGGAGAGGAUGGUGA